AUGAAUCCUGUUUACGAUUUUAUUCAGAAAAAUCGAGUGUUAGCAUUGAUAGAAAAAGCCCAGAAAACGAGUGCGCGUAACUUAGCUCUAGAUGAUUUCGAUUUAACGUGUUUCCCGGACGUUCUAGUGGGUUGUCAAGGUCUAUACUCCCUGAACUUAGGCCACAAUAAGUAUAAUAAUUUAGAUAGAUUUCCCGAAGCUUUAAGGAACCUUACCCAGUUGAUAACACUGAAUAUUAGCCACAAUCCUAUGCACGAAUUGAGCAGUAGCAUAGGGUGCUUGGUUUCAUUAGAAAUAUUAUGGUGCAAUAGCUGCUUGUUAACCCAAAUCCCAGACGAAAUAGGUAAUUUAUGGAGACUACAAACCCUAGGUGCAAGGCACAAUAAAAUUACCAGCUUGCCAAUUAGGAUUUGCGAGUUGAUUAAUUUACAGUGGUUAACAUUAGAAGAUAACAAUUUAAGCAGCGUUCCCAAAUAUUUCGAUAAUCUACAAAUGCUGAGGCACAUAAAUUUCAACAAGAACAAUUUCAGCACCUUACCCUACAAAUUCUCAAACUUAAAAAACUUAAAGUACUUACAUUUACAAAAUAACGAGUUCUUCUCCUUGCCGGAGAGGACCAUCUUUGCAAUGCCCUUCACCAACAUAAAUCUGCAGCACAAUCCAUUACAACUGGAAGAUAACAAAAUGUUUCCAAACGUUGUUAUAACUGGAAUGGAAGAUGAAAUACUCGAUAUGUUUGGAUACGAUUCCGAUUCAAGUUCAGAUGAUUGGGAUCAUAGCUUAGACAGUACCGAUUUGAACUAUUCAGCCACAGACGAAGACAGUGAUAACGAGAACCGAGAAGUUAUGUCUCUAAACGACUACGAGCAAGUAAACAUUCUGGGCAGCAGCAAUACAUCAACAAUAUUCAAAAUAAGGCAUAAAACUUCUGGUCAAUUUUACGUGUGGUAUGUUAUCGACUACGAAACAUUCAGUAAUCACCAACUAGUGAAUAUCGAAGAGAAGUUUCUAAUAAGAAGCGAAAUGCAUCACCCGAAUUUGCUGGAAUUUCACGAAGUUAUAAAAGAAAAAUCAUGCAUGUACUUGCUAGUGAAAUACUGCAAACAAGGCAGCUUGAAAGAUCUUAUGUGUAAGAUUACGAACGAAAACAAACGAUUUUCCGAAGAGUUUCUGUGCAAAAUAAUAUAUCAAAUAGCAUUCACCAUCAAAACUAUUAAUCUUCUAUCAAACAUUAGCAUCAAGGACAUUUAUUUCGAUGAUGAUUAUAACGUGAAGUUCUUUAACUUCAGCAUGGAUCCCAACGAGAAAAAAUUAAAAAGCCCUAAAAUAUCUUCAUUGGGCGGCAUUAUUUACGAAGCCUGCAUGCUCACUAAAUUUAACAAAAAGACUUUCGAAAAAGACCUUAAAACCUGCGAUAUUUAUAAGAAAGACUUCUUAACAUUCAUUCAAACCAUGCUGAAAGACAACAGAUAUUUGAAGAAAAACAUCGACAAAAUAAUGUGCAAUGCAACUGUACUAUACAAAAUCACCCAAUGGAAUAAACACAAAUGCUUCCUACAAAUAAACAAUGAUAAACACUCCGAAUACACCGAAAACACAUACGCUCAACAACUUGAAAACCUCAAAGAAAAAGAAAUACUCCUGCAAAAGAAGGAAGCCUUACUAAAAGAAAAAGAACGCAAACUAACAAUUAAAGAAAAACAGCUAGACGAAUUAGAGAAACAAUUCAGAGACACACUUAAAAGACCCAAAAAUUGCCUCUGCUCCGAUAAAAUACCUAAAGAAAAUUUAGACUCGACCUACGCGGACUCCCUAAUAGUCCCGACCAGUAAGAAAUUAAACGUAAAAGAAAUCGUCAAGCCGCCAACAUUCUCUCGAACCCUAUCAGAGAAAAGGAUCCGCUUCAAAGGCCACAGCCCCUUGAAAGACUUCAAUUACAACUUCAACAGCAGAAGGAGCCUGAAGUGCGCGAAGUACCGCAAAGCAAUCCAACAAAAUAGCGACGAAGAGUACAAGAACAACCCCUAUAAACUAGGCAAACAAUUAUUUGUUACUUGCGAAAAGGAUAUGAAAGUUACGAGUGAGGAUGUGAAACCUCUACGAUGGACCGAAGAAAACAAAAAGUACGCUUUCGAAUUGCUCAGACUUAUGAACAAGGAAAAUAAAAGUUCGGAAAUUAAGCAUACAGAUUUAUAA